AGAUGCUAGAAUCAAGUGGGCUAAGGGACCUUUUCCGUAAGGGGGAGGAGUUACGGCGCAAGGGGGAGGAGCUAGGCCAGCGGGAUAGUUCCUCUACUAUCCACGCCACCAACUAUUACCUUUAGUAAUUAGGUGGUGAGCGAAGCGGAGCGGAGCGAGCCACCGUGCCCGAAGCGUGGCGAGCGUACUUUUCGGGUACCCUGUUCGCCCGUAGCUCCUCCCCUCAAUACGUCACAAGGUCCCUUCAGCCCCUCCGAUAUAGAACCAACCCUACGCUGUGUCACUCUGUGUGCUCGGAGCGCGGCUUGCAAACUAACGUCACAGGUGCGACGGAAGAGAGUGAGGUCCCACCGUCAUUUACCUGCGACGCUGGGUUCGCGUCUAAUUUCUCUUGAAUUUACUCUCAACCGUUCAGCCUGACCUACAUGAUCCGGGUGUUCGGGCAGCGGCUGCUCUCCGGACGCUGUAGGUCACCGGAACACACCACAUGCUGUACACCAAAGUGACUUGAUUAGACUGUUUCAUCAUGCAUCGAUUACAGCGAGAAUACGACGCCUAUGCAAUUGAGGAGCCUAGUGAUGAGGAAGGUGCCAAUAGCAGUUCAGAGGAUGAAUUGGAUGUGCUUUUACAUGGAACCCCUGAGCAGAAGCGAAAGUUGAUUCGUGAAUGUCUUACCGGUGAGAGCGAGUCCUCCAGUGAAGAUGAAUUUGAAAAAGAGAUGGAGAAGGAGCUGAAUUCUACCAUGAAAACAGUGGAAGGGAGCUGGCAGGGCCUCCGUACUGGUGCAGCCCCCGUCUCUGCCACCCCAGCAGAAGGCAGCAGUCAGCAGUAUUAUGAUGAUAUAUAUUUUGACUCUGACUUGGAGGAGGAAGCUGCUGAAACUGGGAAGAAGCAGAGACAGAAGCGCAAAAUACCAACUAAUGAUGACCUCCUAUAUGAUCCAGAUGAGGAUGACCGUGACCAGGAAUGGGUGGAUGCCAGAAGAAGGAGUUACAGAAACAUAAGGAAGCAGAGACCCAAUCAGACUAAAACACAAGCUGUACCCAGCAGUGAUGCCAUUUUGAAUUGCCCAGCCUGCAUGACCACUCUUUGCUUGGAUUGCCAAAGGCACGAGUCUUAUAAAACCCAGUACAGAGCCAUGUUUGUUAUGAAUUGCACUGUCAAUAAGGAAGAAGUGCUGAAAUUCCCAGAACAGGCUAUGAAGCACCGGAGACGAGAUCGCAAGAAAAGGAAAGUUCCCUCUGUGGAUACAGCAACUGAAACGCAGAGUACAGAAGCGGAAAUGUAUCACCCUGUAAACUGUAAUGAGUGUUCCACAGAAGUGGCUGUGUAUGACAAAGAAGAAGUGUAUCAUUUCUUCAAUGUCUUGGCCAGUCACUGUUAGGACAAAUAUUUUGAGGAAGCUAAAACUUCACACAGAUGGAGCAGGUGCUGGUGCACAAUUAUUUUAAUGCUUCCUUUUUUUUUAUUUCUUUUUUUUUUCUUUUUUUUUGUCUUUUUAAUUCAGUCUGCAAUUUUAUUUAUGAAAUGGAAGCUUUAUCUUUUACUAGGGAUGUCCACAUUCCUGAUACAUACUAAUGCAGAUGGAUAUCAAGACACUUGGUGCAACUGUAAGGGACUUCAAAGAAGGGACUUUGAAAAGUAUAGAGACCUUUCGAUGUAGUCUUGUGAACAAUUCACAGGCCUUGUAAUUUCACACAGUUGACAACAAAGUUUGUUUUAAACCGUUGUAAUGUCUUAGGGGCAGAUUUAAUGAGUGACAUUCUAGUUAUCACUCGUUACUAAUCUUGAUCAAUAGAUUUUGAGUACUAAGAGUAUAAUAAGAAAAUAAUGGGGAUAUAGAUCUCGUUAUCAAUCUUAAAUGGUGCUUCAACCAAUCCACUCCUAUCAUUUUUAACACAUGACAGUUGGCAGCUGAUUGGUUGAAACACCAUUUAAGAUUCGUAAUGGGUUAAAUCUGCCCCUUAGUUUGAGCAUGUAAAUACUAUGCUUCUCUGAAUGUAUUGGGCUGCAACUUCAUGCCACAUGUAUUAACCUGUUUUCUCUAUCGUCCUAGUGGAUGCUGGGGUUCCUGAAAGGACCAUGGGGAAUAGCGGCUCCGCA